UUUCAGAUCUCUCAAGACGUGAUUUUUAUCAACUGAGGACAUCACACAAAGACAAAGAAGCCCCGAGUAGCCUCUGCAGCGAUGUAGGGGCAAGUGCUGUUCACUGGCCCCUAACACACACACAGACACAGACAAAGGUCCCCCGUGUAGCCUACAUCGACUGCUGGGGCAAGUGCAGUUCACAGCCCCUGACACACACACAGACAAAGGUCCCCCGUGUAGCCUACAUUGGCUGUUGGGGCAAGUGCUGUUCACUCCCCCUGACACACAAUAUCUUUUUGGUGAUCAAUAUUCUGGAUAGGAUCUCAGAUCGCCUGAUCGAUAUCCUAUUUGGUGAUCAAUAUUCUGGAUAGCAUCUCAGAUGGCCUGAUCAAUAUCCUAUUCGGUGAUCAAUAUUCCGGAUAGAAUCUCAGAUCGCCUGAUCGAUAUCCUAUUUGGUGAUCAAUAUUCUGGAUAUAAUCUCAGAUGGCCUGAUCAAUAUCCUAUUUGGUGAUCAAUAUUCUGGAUAGGAUAGCAGAUCACCUGAUCGAUAUCCUAUUUGGUGAUCAAUAUUCUGGAUAGCAUCUCAGAUGGCCUGAUCAAUAUCCUAUUCGGUGAUCAAUAUUCCGGAUAGAAUCUCAGAUCGCCUGAUCGAUAUCCUAUUUGGUGAUCAAUAUUCUGGAUAUAAUCUCAGAUGGCCUGAUCAAUAUCCUAUUUGGUGAUCAAUAUUCUGGAUAGGAUAGCAGAUCACCUGAUCGAUAUCCUAUUCAGUGAUCAAUAUUCCAGAUAGAAUCUCAGAUCGCCUGAUCAAUCUCAUGUUCACUGAUCAAUUCUCCAGCUCAAAUAUCAGAUCUACUAUUGCCUGAUCAAUAGUCCAGAUCAAAUCUCAUAUUUUACUUUUCACUGAUCAAUAUUACUGAUCGAAUCUCAGAUCUACCAUUGACUGAUCAAUAUCCCAGAUCGAAUAUCAGAUCCCUUGAUCGAUUACCUAUUCACUGAUCAAUAUUCCAGAUAAAAUCUGAGAUUCUACUUUUCACUGAUCAAUAUUACAGAUGGAAUCUCAGAUCCCCAGAUCAAUCUCUUAUUCACUGAUCAAUAUCACAGAUCAAAUCUCAGAUUCUACUUUCCACUGAUCAAUAUCCCAGAUCAAACCUCAGAUCCCCUGAUCGAUUCCCUAUUCACUGAUCAAUACUCCAGAUAUGAUCAAUCCCCGUAUACCCGGAUCGGUUUGGGUGGGUGGGUGGGUUGUAAUGUGAUGCUGGUUACGAUUGUGAUGAUGCUGCUGCUGAUGAUGAUGCUGUUGCUACUGAUGAUGAUGGUGGUGAUGAUGGUGAUGAUGAUGGUGAUGAUGAUGAUGGUGGUGGUGAUGAUGAUGAUGGUGAUGAUGAUGGUGAUGAUGAUGAUGGUGAUGAUGAUGGUGAUGAUGAUGGUGGUGAUGAUGGUGGUGGUGAUGAUGAUGAUGGUGAUGAUGAUGGUGAUGAUGAUGAUGGUGGUGAUGAUGGUGAUGAUGAUGGUGAUGAUGAUGAUGGUGGUGAUGAUGGUGAUGGUGGUGAUGAUGGUGAUGAUGAUGAUGGUGAUGAUGAUGGUGAUGAUGAUGGUGAUGAUGAUGAUGGUGGUGGUGAUGGUGAUGGUGGUGAUGGUGGUGAUGAUGAUGGUGAUGAUGAUGGUGAUGAUGGUGAUGAUGAUGAUGGUGGUGGUGAUGGUGAUGGUGGUGAUGGUGGUGAUGAUGAUGGUGAGGAUGAUGGUGAUGAUGAUGAUGGUGAUGAUGAUGAUGAUGGUGGUGAUGAUGCUGUUGCUACUGAUGAUGAUGAUGGUGAUGAUGAUGCUGAUGAUGGUGAUGAUGGUGAUGAUGAUGAUGCUACUGAUGCUGAUGAUGGUGGUGAUGGUGAUGAUGCUGUUGCUACUGAUGCUGUUGCUACUGAUGGUGGUGAUGGUGAUGAUGGUGAUGGUGGUGAUGGUGGUGAUGGUGAUGAUGGUGAUGGUGGUGAUGGUGGUGGUGGUGAUGAUGGUGAUGAUGGUGAUGCUGAUGCUACUGAUGAUGAUGGUGGUGGUGAUGGUGAUGAUGGUGAUUGUGGUGAUGGUGGUGAUGAUGCUGCUGCUGAUGAUGCUGUUGCUACUGAUGAUGAUGGUGAUGAUGAUGCUGAUGAUGGUGAUGAUGGUGAUGAUGGUGAUGAUGAUGAUGCUGAUGAUGGUGGUGAUGGUGAUGAUGAUGAUGGUGGUGAUGAUGAUAGUGAUGAUGAUGGUGAUGAUGAUGCUGAUGAUGAUGCUGAUGAUGAUGAUGCUGAUGAUGAUGCUGAUGAUGAUGGUGAUGAUGCUGAUGAUACUGCUGAUGAUGGUGGUGAUGCUGCUGAUGACGGUGCUAAUGCUACUGAUAAUGUUGCUGAUGAUGAUGAUGAUGGUGGUGACAUUGCUACUGAUGCUGAUGAUGUUGAUGAUGAUGGUGAUGACAUUGCUACUGAUGCUGCUGAUGCUGCUGCUGCUGAUGAUGUUGCUGAUGAUGAUGAUGAUGCUGUGUUAGGGCUUGCUGUAGUAGUGCCUUCCUUAUUUAGUUGCAAACUGCAAAACGCUCAAAGAAUCUUGAUUCCGACAGCAAUAAUCACACACAGACAAAGGUCCCCCAGGUAGCCUCGAGCAGGGCUGCAGGGGCAAGUGCUGUUACAGACACACACGCACACCACACACUACACAGACACUCACUGCUGUGCCAGGCUAGGUGCAGGAGGAGGUCACGGGACAGACCCUGCAGGUGCCAUGGGUUGUAAUGCUGUGCCAGGCUAGGUGCAUGAGGAGGAGGUCACGGGACAGACCCUGCAGGUGCCAUGGGUUGUACUGCUGUGCCAGGCUAGGUGCAGGAGGAGGUCACGGGACAGACUCAGCAGGUGCCAUGGGUUGUACUACUGUGCCAGGCUAGGUGCAGGAGGAGGUCACGGGACAGACCCUACAGGUGCCAUGGGUUGUACUACUGUGCCAGGCUAGGUGCAUGAGGAGGUCACGGGACAGACCCAGCAGGUGCCAUGGGCUGGCUGACUAAGAUGACUGGCUGAUGCACCACCUGUGCCCCCUACUGUACCAACUUGCUGCGCUUUAGCCACCCGGCGCUCCGCUCGUUGUUGUGAGCGUCGCUCCUCCGCCCUCCGUUGUUGUUGGAGGGCGACUGCCUCCAACUGCCCAGUAGCGUCCUUCACGAGCCUCCUCCACUGAGGCCGAUCUUGACACCGCUGGUACCAGUCAUCGGCAAGUCCACUCAGCUCCACGUCCUCCUGUACCACAUCACUCCAUCUCUUCUCUAGCCCGUGUCACCCACACACUCACACACUCACCCACUCACCCACUCACUCACCCACCCACACACUCACCCACGCACUCACCCAUCACUCCAUCUCUUCUCUAGUCCGUGCCGCGCCCGUUUAGCCCCCUCGAUCCGGCCGAACAAAAGCUGUUUAGGCAUGCGGUGGCUGGGCAUGCGGGCUACAUGACCCAGCCAACGCAGCCUUGCCUGCCGGAGGAGCUCACCGAUGGGACUUUGCCCAGAGUCCUUAAUGAUCGUGAGCAGAGGAUCAGGGACUCCGAAAGCACGAAGAACAACCCAGAGCCCAGGCCUACUGAUGGUAUCAUAGGCCUUGACCAGGUCAAUAAAGCAGAGAUGUAGGUCUUGUUGGAAUUCCCUACACCUCUGCUGUAGCAGACGGACAGAAAAUAUGGCAUCUGUGCAGGACCGCCCUUUCCUGAAACCGCAUUGGGGCUCCGCAAGCCUCUCCUCAGCGUGCCUAGCAAGGCGAUGUUGAAUAAUCCUUGCCAGGACCUUUCCCGGCACACUGAGGAGUGAGAUGCCCCUGUAGUUGUCACAGUCUGUGCGGUCCCCCUUCUUAAAGAGGGGGACCACCAGGGCAUCCUUCCAAUCCUGCGGAACCCGUCCAGUGAUCCAGACUGUUGUUAUGACACACAGACACACACAGACACACACAGACACACACAGACACACACAGACACACACAGACACACACACACAGACACACACACACAGACACACACAGACACACACACACAGACACACACACAGACACACACAGACACACACACAGACACACACACACACAGACACACACACACAGACACACACAGACACACACACACACAGACACACACAGACACACACACACACAGACACACACAGACACACACAGACACACACAGACACACACACAGACACACAGACACACACAGACACACACACAGACACACACAGACACACACACACAGACACACACACACAGACACACACAGACACACACACAGACACACACACACAGACACACACAGACACAGACACACACAGACACACACACAGUCACACACACACAGACACACACACAGACACACACACAGACACACACACACAGACACACACACACAGACACACACACACAGACACACACAGACACACACACACACAGACACACACAGACACACACACACACAGACACACACAGACACACACAGACACACACAGACACACACACAGACACACAGACACACACAGACACACACACAGACACACACAGACACACACACACAGACACACACACACAGACACACACAGACACACACACAGACACACACACACAGACACACACAGACA